CCUGUGACUGGCCAGGACGCCAGACUCUGGCAUUUUGUAAAAAGUGCUGGACUUGAGGCCAGCAGAAAACUGAACCGCGGGAGCUAGCCAAGGCAAGGCCUUCAGUGCCGACUGCGAGACUGCUGUCUGCCAAAAUGUCUGAAAGAUCAGAUCUCCUUCACUUCAAGUUUGAAAAUUAUGGAGAUUCAAUGUUACAAAAAAUGAACAAAUUAAGAGAAGAGAAUAAAUUUUGUGAUGUUACGGUUCUCAUAGAUGAUGUUGAGGUGCAGGGGCAUAAAAUUGUUUUUGCUGCAGGUUCCCCCUUCUUAAGAGACCAGUUUUUACUGAAUGAUUCCCGAGAGGUGAAAAUCUCCAUAUUACAAAGUUCUGAAGUGGGGAGACAAUUGCUCUUGUCGUGCUAUAGUGGUGUGCUGGAAUUCCCUGAGAUGGAGCUGGUAAAUUACUUGACUGCUGCGAGUUUUCUUCAGAUGAGCCACAUUGUAGAACGGUGCACACAGGCGCUGUGGAAAUUUAUAAAGCCAAAACAACCAAUGGAUAGUAAAGAGGGAUGCGAACCACAAAGUGCUUCUUCCCAGUCGAAAGAACAGCAGGGAGAUGCCAGAGGCUCUCCAAAACAGGACUUACCUGGUGUUCAUCCAUCUGAAGACAGUAUGGAUAUGGAGGACAGUGAUAUUCAGAUUGUUAAGGUAGAAUCUAUUGGGGAUGUAUCCGAGGUUAGAAGUAAAAAAGAUCAGAACCAGUACAUUUCUUCUGAACCCACUGCUUUACAUUCAUCAGAACCCCAGCACUCUCUGAUAAACUCAACUGUGGAAAACAGAGUAAGUGAACUAGACCAGAGCCAUCUCCACAAUUACACACUCUCUUACACAGGCAAUGAUGACAUCAUCAUGACCUCAAAAGAUGUUUUUGGGCCUAAUAUUCGAGGUGUAGACAAAGGCUUACAGUGGCAUCACCAAUGCCCAAAGUGUACCAGGGUGUUCCGUCACCUGGAGAACUACGCCAACCAUUUAAAGAUGCACAAACUCUUUAUGUGUCUACUCUGCGGCAAGACUUUCACUCAGAAAGGCAAUCUUCAUCGACACAUGCGUGUACAUGCCGGAAUUAAACCUUUCCAGUGUAAAAUCUGUGGGAAAACCUUUUCUCAGAAGUGUUCCUUGCAGGACCAUCUUAACCUUCACAGUGGAGAUAAGCCCCAUAAAUGUAACUAUUGUGACAUGGUUUUUGCACAUAAGCCAGUUUUGAGGAAACACCUUAAACAGCUGCAUGGCAAAAACAGCUUUGAUAAUGCGAAUGAGAGGAAUGUGCAAGACCUCACAGUGGAUUUUGAUUCUUUCGCAUGUACAACAGUCACAGACUCUAAAGGUUGUCAACCACAACCUGAUGCAACACAGGUCCUGGAUGCAGGUAAACUGACCCAAGCUGUCCUCAGCUUAAGGAGUGAGAGUACAUGUGUAAACUGAGGAGGGGUCUAGUGCCCACAGCUAGAAUUGACUGAGAGUGUGACAAUAGUGCUAAGUCUUUUUAGACGUGGUUUGGAUAGUUUCUUCUCCAAAGCCUCCAAGCAGGUGGUCAUGGGUAAGCAGCAGCAGACCAGGCAACUCCCACUUGCAGUGGCUUUGCUUUUCUUUAGCCCUCUCCCAACUCUUUUUUGAGUUAUUUAUUUUGUGAUGUCUAUUUUCCUUUUCUAAAAAAUAAUUCCUUUUUUUUGUUUGU